CAUCUAUUCAAGAGUAAUUCAAAUGCCCCUUCAAAUUAUAGUUACCACUUUGCGUUCAUCUGUUACCAAAUUUGCAACCCACUCUCUUGGAAAGGUAAUACGUACACAAAAAAAUACUUUUUGUUCAGUUACAUUACAAUCUAAAAUGACAUCAAGUUUAACUGCAGUGAAAACCUAUGAGCGUUUACCAAAAAAUGUGAUCCCUCAACUGUACAAGUUGGAACUUACCCCCAACCUGGAGAAUUUUACUUUCACUGGAAAAGAGGAUGUCGAGGUUUCAAUUAAAGAGAGUACAAAUCAAGUUAUCCUCAAUGCAAGUCAGCUUGAGGUUCAAGAGGCGUUAUUCAAAGACCCAUCUGGCAGUACUUUAAAAGGAAACGUCACGCUUGAUACAAAGGAUGAAAAAGUAUUGAUCAAAUUCGAUGAAAGCUUGAAGAUUGGCUCUGGUACCCUUUCAAUAGCCUUUUCGGGUAUUCUUAACGAUCAAAUGAAAGGUUUUUACCGUAGUAAAUAUACAACCCCUUCUGGAGAAGAGCGAUAUGCAGCAACAACUCAAUUUGAAGCUCCUGAUGCUCGUAGAGCAUUCCCUUGUUGGGACGAACCUGCAUUCAAAGCGCAAUUUGAAGUUACACUUAUCGCUCCUAAAGAUCGAACAGUGCUAUCUAAUACCGAACCAGUUCAGCAAGUCCAACACCCUGACAACGCUAAUUUGCAAAUUGUUAAAUUUGCUCCAACGCCCAUCAUGUCAAGUUAUCUACUUGCUUUCAUUGUCGGGGAAUACGAUUUCUUGGAAACAAUCACUAAGAAUAAAACUCGAGUUCGUAUUUACACACCAGUUGGAAAAAAAGAACAAGGUCAAUAUGCAUUGGAAAUUGCCUCAAAAUCUUUAACUUUCUUUGAGGAUUAUUUCAACAUUCCUUUUCCUUUAAGCAAAUUGGACCAUAUCGCUAUUCCUGAUUUUGCAUCUGGCGCAAUGGAGAACUGGGGUUUGGUAACUUAUAGAGAGGUUCGGAUUUUGACUGAUCCAAAGAAUACCUCAGCAAUAAACCGUGAGCAAACGGCAAUUACUAUUGCCCAUGAAACUGCUCAUCAGUGGUUUGGUAAUUUAGUUACAAUGGAUUGGUGGACUGAUCUUUGGCUCAAUGAGGGUUUCGCUUCUUUCAUGGAAUACCUAGCAGUAGAUAGUAUACAUCCUGAAUUUGAUAUUUGGUCACAAUUCGCUUCAUAUGCAGCUCUCCCAGCACUUAAACUUGAUUCACUUCGUGAUAGUCAUCCAAUUGAAGUUCCCGUUGCUCAUCCUGAUGAUAUUGAUUCGAUUUUUGACUUGAUAUCUUAUGAAAAAGGAGCUUCCAUUAUCAGAAUGUGUCAUGACUGGAUCGGUGAUGAGGCAUUCCGUAAAGGAUUACACAAUUAUCUAACUAAACAUGCUUACAAAAACGCAGUUACUCAGGACCUUUGGGAUGCUCUUGAAGAAGUUAGUGGUAAACCCGUCGGUAAAGUCAUGGGGUAUUGGACCAAACAAAAAGGUUAUCCAGUUAUAAAAGUUGAAUCUAAACAAGAUGGCAAUAAUAGAAUUAUCAAACUAACGCAAAGAAAGUUCACAGUGGACGGAACGCUAAAUGACGAAGAAAGCAAGGCUCAAUGGAUGGUACCAAUCACUAUCAUCACUUCUCAGGACCUUAAUAAAGUUGCUUUAUCAGCUCUUAUGACAGAAAAAUCGACUGAAAUAACCUUACCUAAUGUUACUGCUGACACUUGGGUUAAGCUCAAUCUUAGAUUAAAUGGAUUCUAUCGUGUACAAUAUUCAGCUGAAAUGUUGAAAGCUUUAGCACCAGCAAUUUCAACUAAGCAGUUAGCGCCAAUCGACCGUUUACAAAUCCUUGAUGAUCAAUUUGCCUUACUUAUGGCUGGCCAAGUCUCGAGUGCACAAUUUCUUGAAUUGCUUAGCUCAUAUGCUAAUGAAGAUAACUACGUAACCUGGGUUGCUAUUGAUAAUUGUAUCAGUAAAUUAGAUUUACUAUUAUCUUACACUGACCUGUCUGAGAAAUUCGCAAAGUUUGGUAUUAAUUUCUAUUCUAAAAUUUACAAUGAGCUUGGUUUUGAUAUUAAAGACGAAAAAUCUCAUACCGAGAACCUUCUCCGAUCAUUGGUUUUGCUCCGUUUGGCUAAAUUUAAGUAUGCUCCAGUUAUCGAGGAGUCAAUCAAAAGAUUUAAAGCUCAUGUUGCUGGUACACCAAUUCACCCUGAUAUAAGAAGCUCUGUUUAUAGAGCCGUUGCAUCUUCUUGUGAUGAUGAAACUUUCAAUACCUUUUUCAAAUUGUAUCGUGAUACUGAUUUACAUGAAGAAAAAGUUCGAUUAAUUCAAUCAACUGGAAGUUCUGGUGACCUUGCUAGGAUUCGGCAACUUCUUAAUUUCACUUUUUCACCUGAAGUAAGAAGCCAAGACGCUUGGAGAGUAUUUAUUUGUACUGUUGGAACUAAAUUAGGUCGUGAAGAAGCCUGGAAGUUUUUCAAAGAUAACGCAGACGAGUUUAAAAGAAGAUAUGGUUCUCAUAUGGCUAAUGCAUUCGUGAUUGAACAUCUUACUAAUGGUUUUGCUUCUGAAGAAAAAUAUAAAGAAGUUGAAUCAUUUUUCUUACAAAAUUCUUUCUCUGGCCAUGAAAAAGUGGUUCUUCGAAGUUUGGAAACGAUAAAAACACACGCUGAUUGGUUAAAGCGGGAAACUGAUAGUGUCAGAAACUUUUUGGAAUCGAUUAUAGUUACACUUUACACUGUCCCACUUUGUGUUCAAAUGACCACGAGUUUAACUGCAGUGAAAACCUACGAGCGUUUACCUAAAAAUGUGAUCCCUCAACUGUACAAGUUGGAACUUAACCCUAACCUGGAAAAUUUUACUUUCACUGGAAAAGAGGAUGUCGAGGUUUCAAUUAAAGAGAGUACAAAUCAAGUUAUCCUCAAUGCAAGUCAGCUUGAGAUUCAAGAGGCGUUAUUCAAAGAUCCAUCUGGCAGUACUUUAAAAGGAAACGUCACGCUUGAUACAAAGGAUGAAAAAGUAUUCAUCAAAUUCGAUGAAAGCUUGAAGAUUGGCUCUGGUACCCUUUCAAUAGCCUUUUCGGGUAUUCUUAACGAUCAAAUGAAAGGUUUUUAUCGUAGUAAAUAUACAACCCCUUCUGGAGAAGAGCGAUAUGCAGCAACAACUCAAUUUGAAGCUCCUGAUGCUCGUAGAGCAUUCCCUUGUUGGGACGAACCUGCAUUCAAAGCGCAAUUUGAAGUUACACUUAUCGCUCCUAAAGAUCGAACAGUGCUAUCUAAUACCGAGCCAGUUCAGCAUGUCCAACACCCUGACAAAGCUCAUUUGCAAAUUGUUAAAUUUGCUCCAACGCCCAUCAUGUCAAGUUAUCUACUUGCUUUCAUUGUCGGGGAAUACGAUUUCUUGGAAACAAUCACUAAGAAUAAAACUCGAGUUCGUAUUUACACACCAGUUGGAAAAAAAGAACAAGGUCAAUAUGCAUUGGAAAUUGCCUCAAAAUCUUUAACUUUCUUUGAGGAUUAUUUCAACAUUCCUUUCCCUUUAAGCAAAUUGGACCAUAUCGCUAUUCCUGAUUUUGCAUCUGGCGCAAUGGAGAACUGGGGUUUGGUAACUUAUCGAGAGGCUCGGGUUUUGGCUGAUCCAAAGAAUACCUCAGCAAUAAACCGUGAGCAAACGGCAAUUACUAUUGCCCAUGAAACUGCUCAUCAGUGGUUUGGUAAUUUAGUUACAAUGGAUUGGUGGACUGAUCUUUGGCUCAAUGAGGGUUUCGCUUCUUUCAUGGAAUACCUAGCAGUAGAUAGUAUACAUCCUGAAUUUGAUAUUUGGUCACAAUUCGCUUCAUAUGCAGCUCUCCCAGCACUUAAACUUGAUUCACUUCGUGAUAGUCAUCCAAUUGAAGUUCCCGUUGCUCAUCCUGAUGAUAUUGAUUCGAUUUUUGACUUGAUAUCUUAUGAAAAAGGAGCUUCCAUUAUCAGAAUGUGUCAUGACUGGAUCGGUGAUGAGGCAUUCCGUAAAGGAUUACACAAUUAUCUAACUAAACAUGCUUACAAAAACGCAGUUACUCAGGACCUUUGGGAUGCUCUUGAAGCAGUUAGUGGUAAACCCGUCGGUAAAGUCAUGGGGUAUUGGACCAAACAAAAAGGUUAUCCAGUUAUAAAAGUUGAAUCUAAACAAGAUGGCAAUAAUAGAAUUAUUAAACUAACGCAAAGAAAGUUCACAGUGGACGGAACGCUAAAUGACGAAGAAAGCAAGGUUCAAUGGAUGGUACCAAUCACUAUCAUCACUUCUCAGGACCUUAAUAAAGUUGCUUUAUCAGCUCUUAUGACCGAGAAAUCGACUGAAAUAACCUUACCUAAUGUUACUUCUGACACUUGGGUUAAGCUCAACCUUAGAUUAAAUGGAUUUUAUCGUGUACAAUAUUCAGCUGAAAUGUUGAAAGCUUUAGCACCGGCAAUUUCAACUAAGCAGUUAGCGCCAAUCGACCGUUUACAAAUCCUUGAUGAUCAAUUUGCCUUACUUAUGGCUGGCCAAGUCUCGAGUGCACAAUUUCUUGAAAUGCUUAGCUCAUAUGCUAAUGAAGAUAACUACGUAACCUGGGUUGCUAUUGAUAAUUGUAUCAGUAAAUUAGAUUUGCUAUUAUCUUACACUGACCUGUCUGAGAAAUUCGCAAAGUUUGGUAUUAAUUUCUAUUCUAAAAUUUACAAUGAGCUUGGUUUUGAUAUUAAAGACGAAAAAUCUCAUACCGAGAACCUUCUCCGAUCAUUGGUUUUGCUCCGUUUGGCUAAAUUUAAGUAUGCUCCAGUUAUCGAGGAGUCAAUCAAAAGAUUUAAAGCUCAUGUUGCUGGUACACCAAUUCACCCUGAUAUAAGAAGCGCUGUUUAUAGAGCCGUUGCAUCUUCUUGUGAUGAUGAAACUUUCAAUACCUUUUUCAAAUUGUAUCGUGAUACUGAUUUACAAGAAGAAAAAGUUCGAUUGAUUCAAUCAACUGGAAGUACUGGUGACCUUGCUAGGAUUCUUCAACUUCUUAAUUUCACUUUUUCACCUGAAGUAAGAAGCCAAGAUGCUUGGAAAUUUAUUAUUGGUACCGUCGGAACUAAAUUAGGUCGUGAAGAAGCCUGGAAGUUUUUCAAAGAUAACGCAGACGAGUUUAAAAGAAGAUAUGGUUCUCAUAUGGCUAAUGCAUCCUUGAUUGAACAUCUUACUAAUGGUUUUGCUUCUGAAGAAAAAUACAAAGAAGUUGAAUCAUUUUUCACACAAAAUUCUUUCUCUGGCCAUGAAAAAGUGGUUCUUCGAAGUUUGGAAAUGAUAAAAACACAAGAUGAUUGGUUAAAACGUGAAACUGAUAGUGUCAGAAACUUUUUGGAAUCGAUUUAAAAGUCAUUGAAAGACGUGUCCAAAGGAUUACAUUGGUGUUGAUCAAAUUUGUUUGAAGUGCUGUUAUAAAAUAAAACAAAAUGAUUGUCAGUCAAUUAUUUUCGUGGUUAAUACAAUUGAACUUACCUGGGAAUUUUGAAACUCAUAAUAGAGAUUGAAAAGUAGAUGCAGUGAAGCAAUUUUUGACUGAUGGAUAGGGAUGUCCAGAAGAG